ACGUACCCCUCUACACGGCCUCUGGCCCCACAUGUCAGCUGCACAAUCGUGUCAAAUUACUCUUGACUUGUUGAGGGCUGGUUGCUCUCUGAAGGCUAGGAUUCUGCUAAAGCCACACGCACACUCGGUCCAAGGCAGACGGCGACGGCGACGGCGACGGAGCACGUCACCCGCACCGACCGGCGGCGAAGCCCCGCCCCUCCGCCCCCCGAUCGAUCGAUUCGCGCCGCAGUUCGUCCACCUACCCCGGCCGCGUAGGGUUCGCGUAGGGGAUCGAUCAUGGAGCUGCCGGCCGCCGGCGGGGGCCGGCGCACGAGCUACUCGCUGCUGUCCCAGUUCCCCGACGACGCGGCGGCCGCGGGGGCCUCCCCGGCGGUUCUGCAGCGGCAGUCCAGCGGCGGCAGCAGCUACGGCGCCGGGAGCUCCGUCUCGGCCUCCAGCGACUACCCGUUCCACCUGCCCCCGGCGGUCGCCGCGGCGGGAGGGGGAGGGGGCACGCCCUCCCCCUGCAAGAGCUGGGCGCAGCAGGCGGAGGAGACGUACCAGCUGCAGCUCGCCCUCGCGCUCCGCCUCUGCGCCGACGCCGCCUGCGCCGCCGACCCCGGGUUCCUCGACCCCGGCGACUCCGGGGGGUCCAAGAUGGGGGGCGGCGGGGGUGGCAGCGGCAGCGGCAGGGCCUUCCCGCUCGCUCCCCCCUCCCCCACCGCCGAGGCCCUCUCCCACCGCUUCUGGGUAAACGGCUCGUUAUCAUACAGCAACACGAUACCGGAUGGGUUCUACUUGAUCCAAGGGAUGGACCCCUUUGUGUGGUCGAUGUGCACCGACGUGCACGAGGAGAACCGCAUACCCUCCGUGGAGUCGCUCAAGUCUGUCCGCCCCGACGAUUCUUCCAUCCAGGUGGUCCUCGUCGACAGGAGAGCUGAUUUCGAUCUUGGUAUGCUGGAGAACUACGCGUCCAGCUUUCUGUCCAGUUCCUCCGACAUGAAAGAUGUGAUAAAUCAGCUAGCCAAACUUGUGUCUUCCAGAAUGGGUGGUACAACCUCCAACGAGGAGAACUUGCUUCCACGCUGGAAAGAGAGCAGCGAGGCAAUCAAAUCAAGUGCAGGAUCUAUUGUGCUUCAUCUGGGGAAGCUGCCGAUUGGUCUCUGCAAGCACCGCUCACUGCUUUUUAAAAUGUUAGCAGAUAAAGUCAACAUACCAUGCAGAUUAGUCAAGGGCUGUAAAUACUGUAAAGCUGAAGACGCUUCCUCCUGUGUCGUACGUUUUGGGCUUGAAAGGGAAUAUCUGGUUGACUUAUUUGGGGCUCCAGGCCAAUUAUCUGAUCCUGAUUCUUUCGUCAAUGGUCCCUACUCGCUGUCGGUUCCAUCACCUCUCCGCCCACCAAAAUUUAGGUCGUUAGAGAUCACUUCAAAUUUCAGCUCAGUUGCCAAGCAAUACUUCUCAGACUGUCACUCGCUCAAUCUAUUGUUCAGUGAUGCUUCCACAGGUGCUUCUAAUGGUGCUGCAGUUGCUGUAGACCAAAUGUAUUCGAAGAAACAUGAUGCAGGGGACGGAAUUGCCAAUAGCUGGGUGCCAGUGAAAGGGCAAGCAAUUGCGAACUCAGACAUUAUUCUGCCAGAAGCUCCUCGGGAAGUUUUGCCACUUAUGUCACCGUCCAAUUUGACAGCUGAUAAAAAGAAAGAGUUUCAGUUGAUCGAGGGGAAUCAGUAUCUGCGAAGUACUGUCAGUGAUCUGUCACUUGCUGUGGAUGAUCUGAUCAUUCCAUGGAGUGAGCUGGUUCUAAAGGAGAAGAUUGGAGCAGGUUCUUUCGGAACAGUUCAUCGUGCUGACUGGCAUGGAUCGGAUGUUGCUGUGAAGAUACUGAUGGAGCAGGAUUAUCAUCUGGAUCGCUUCAAGGAAUUUAUGAGAGAGGUUGCAAUAAUGAAAAGUCUGAGGCAUCCAAAUAUUGUUCUAUUCAUGGGUGCUGUUACUGAACCCCCAAACCUAUCAAUAGUUACAGAGUACUUGUCGAGGGGUAGUUUGUAUAAACUUUUGCAUAGGAGUGGUGCAAGGGAGGUUCUGGAUGAGAGACGCCGCUUGAACAUGGCAUUCGAUGUGGCGAAGGGAAUGAAUUAUCUACAUAGACGUAGCCCUCCUAUUGUUCACCGUGAUUUGAAAUCUCCAAAUCUUCUUGUCGACAAGAAGUAUACUGUGAAGGUAUGCGACUUUGGGCUUUCGCGACUAAAAGCCAACACCUACCUGUCCUCGAAAUCUUUGGCAGGAACACCUGAAUGGAUGGCGCCUGAAGUGCUUCGAGAUGAGCCAUCCAAUGAGAAGUCUGAUGUGUACAGUUUCGCUGUUAUCCUGUGGGAACUUAUGACAUUACAACAACCAUGGUGUAACUUGAAUCCUGCCCAGGUAGUUGCUGCUGUUGGCUUUAAAGGAAGAAGACUUGAAAUUCCGAAAGAAUUAAAUCCUCAAGUAGCUGCAUUAAUCGAAUCCUGCUGGGCAAAUGAGCCAUGGCGGAGGCCCUCAUUUGCUAAUAUCAUGGAAACUCUGAGGCCUUUAAUUAACAAGUGUACAAUAGGAACAUUUGGUGUGACUGUUGAAGAGCCUGAGAGCAUUCUUGCCUUAGGGCAUGUCUGGUUCAUGCCAAAGCAAUGCCCUACCAAGAUUCGCCAACCGUUGGUUUGCCACGAAAGAUCGGUUCCAAGUGAUCAGAAGCUACCAUCUCUUUAUCUGCUUGACAGUAUAGUCAAGAAUAUUGGAAAAGAUUAUGUCAAACAUUUUUCUUCAAAAUUACCUGAGGUGUUUUGCAAGGCCUAUAGACAGGUUGAUCCUCCUGUUCAUACUAGCAUGAGACACCUUUUCGGAACAUGGAAAGGAGUGUUUUCUCCAGCUUCACUGCAAAUGAUUGAGAAGGAGCUUGGUUUUCAAUCAUCUGCUAAUGGAUCAUCAGGUGCUGCACCAUCGAAGGCCGAUUCUCCAUCCCAGCGCCCGUCCCACAGCAUUCAUGUAAACCCAAAAUAUUUGGAAGCAAGACAGCAGCUCCAACAACCAAAUAAGGGGAUUCUGGGAGCCGGUGCCAAGACACCUAUAAUUUCUGAUGCAGAUGAUGUUAUCGAAAGGGGCAACAGGAUUGGUAUUGAUAAAGGCACAGGGAGACGCCUGGAUACUCUGAACUCUAGGCCUCGUGCUCAGAAGGAUACUUUUAGUAACCCCAUUCAUGAAAAGCCAGAGAGAGAUGUGAGGGGCCCUGGAAUUGCGGGAGCUGGUCAAGUUCGCUCAAAGCCCAAAGGCCAAGAUGGAAUUGUGGGGGCAUAUUACACUGGAGCUGUUGGUUCCCCUGAAGAAAUAUUUGACAGACGCAACCAUUUGUAUGCAACUAAGGAUGCUCGCUCUUCUGGCUCUGUACGUUUGGACAGUGCACUUCUCCCAACUCCUGUUAGUAAUUCUGAGAGGAUUGGUAGACUGUCAUCAUCUGAUAAAAGCUGGAAGAACUCUGAGGAAGAAGAGUACAUCUGGGACGACAUACGUACUCAAGGAGCAGAUUAUGGAGGUGCCAGUUCUGCAAGAAAAGGAGAACCCUUGGCUGAUGAUGUCAAUAUUAGAAGCUUUCAUAGGGCUAAUUGGGCAGAGCCUGGAGACCCGUUGGACCCUGACUUCCACAAACAAGAUGCCAUCCCAAGAUUUGGACAUCCAACAAGCCAAGAUAGAAGACUUGCACCGUACAUGGAUCAUGCAGAGUAUCUUCAUAGUAAGCGUGACGGGGACCCAAGAAUUGAUAGGGAAAUGUGGCCUGAAGGACAACCGUUCCCGGAAUCUCGUGGCUCCUCUGUCUGGUUAUCCCAGGAAAAACCUCGUCCAGACAUUGGGCGGGAUCCCAGGAUAUCAAGGUUUUCUAAUCAGUCACCAAGCAUCACUUCAUCUGUACCUGUUGGAUUAUCAGGGGCCUAUGCUGGACGAUCAAGCCUUGAAAGUGCAAAACAAAAAUAUUGGCCACCUUCCUCGCCACCUCUCCAGGCACGUGAGAGCUCCCCAAGUUCCUCGGAGCAUGACAUUUAUGCUUCCAGACCAUUUCUGCCAUUGGGUCAAACUCCCCAGGAAGAGCAUAACCAAAGAGCUCAUGCCUUGCCUCAAAAUUCCGCGAAUUCUCAGGGCCGGCCUAGUCUGCAAGCAACUCUGUCACAGGCUUCUCAGCAGACUCAAAAACACCCUCCUGUGCAGUCAAAGCCACAUCCGAAGCCAUUUCAUCAACCCUUUUCACAAGAAAAUUCUUCAUCGCUGUUUAGACCGUCUGUCCAUCUGACUCUGUCUACCGGAAUGGAAGAGCAGCCUGAAGAGGUGUCCUUGCCCAGUGGUCCUGCACAUGCAAAGUCAGAUCAGAUAAGUGCUAGUAAUUUAUUGGCUGGUCUUUUUAAGGGUGGAUUCAUACCAAACACAAGUGAUCAUGCUGUCCCACAUUCACAUGGGUUGGCAUCUCUUCCAUCUUCCUCGGCCAGCGAAAAUGCCCCUUUGAAGCCUCAUGCACCAAACUCUCUCCGCCCACCUUUGCCACCAGGUCCGCCACCAACACACAGUGCUGAGAAAGCUGCUGCACCACUGUCAAGUCUUCUCAGUUCUCUGGUUGCAAAGGGGCUAAUUUCUUCACCGUCCACCGAUUCGGCUGCUGUUGCAAGAAAGCCUGGUAAAUCAAGUCCGAGCACAUCAGAUGUCAGUGCUUCAGCUCCACCUCGGCCAAUCGUCCAGCCUUCAGUUGCUAAGGAGACACCUGCCCCUGUAAAAGCUUUGUUGCCUCAACCUCCUAAAGUCGAGAUGGCUGACCUAAUCGGCCUUGAGUUCAAGCCAGUGGUGCUUCGUGAGCACCGUACAGAGGUGGUCAACAGACUCUUUGAUGACCAAAGCCAUCAAUGCAGAACAUGUGGUUUAAGAUUCAGACUUGAAGAUGAGCUCAGUGCACACACUGCCUGCAAUGGACCAGAGGAGGCUAGAAAUACUGGCAUCGCACCUGAAAGAUGGUACCCUAGCAAGAGCCGUUGGAUUGACAGAUUACCUGAACCGCAGAGCAUCUUUCUGGACUCUGCAUCUGAUUCAGACCUGGGAACUGCAGAGGAAGUUUGUGAGUUUAUGGUCCCUGCAGAUGAGAGUCAGAUUAUCUGCUGUCUUUGUGGGGAGCAAUUUGAUGACAUGUAUUCCAUCGAUAGGAGCGAGUGGAUGUACAAGGAUGCUGUCUAUUAUGAUCGCUUGAAGGCAGAAGGUGGCAGCGGGGGCAGCUCCCAGAGUAAAGAGCUGGUACCCAUAGUCCAUGCAAGAUGUAUGCCAAGAAUCUCAAACGAUGGCAUGGAGGUGGAUUAGUAUGGUUGUCAUGUCAUAUAGCAGCAGAAACAGCAGCAGCAGCUCAGAUGAUGACAUUGAGGUGGAUUGUCAAAGAAGUCUGGUGCCCAGCAGAGCCUCAAAUGAUGGCAUGGAGGCAAACAUUCCGUGAGGUCGGUGCACAGCGACGAUUGAUAAUAUACUGCAGGUGGGGUGAUGACAGCUUUGGCAACAUUUUGGUCCCUUGAUCUCCACCAUUUGUCGUGUAGAAAGGUGUUCUUACAGAAAGAAUAAACAUACCGAGCCAAUUAGUCAGGCCAUUUUGAUCCCAGCGAGUCAACAUUUUGGGGGUGGUGGGGUCAGAUGACAUAAGUUUGAUCUUUCUGUUGUUCAUAGGAGGCCAUGUAUGCUAGUGAAAAGAGUGUAUUAUUAUUGUCCCUUAACCAGGCGAGCGAAACAGGUGACGCCAGCGUCGUCGUCGAGUUACUGCUGUUUUUGACAAACUUUUUUCUCAGCUUUUGAGAUGUAGUAGCGGUUUUUGUACUUGAAACCAAACUGACAAUAGAACUUCAUCAUGGAUGCAGAUUUGAACUA